AUGGACCUCUCCACCGCCUUUCCAGAGAAAGAGACAAGGCCGAAGGAGACGGACGAGGAGGUGCUGGCGAAGCUGGGGUACAAGCAGGAGCUGAAGCGAAACUUCUCGCCGUUCGAGAUUUUUGGGGUCUCAUUUGGCGUCAUCGGCGUCGUCCCGUCCGUCGCCUCCGUCCUCUUCAACUCUGUCCCCAACGGCGGCCCCGUCGCGAUGGUGUGGGGCUGGAUAUUCACGUUCCCGUUCAUGAUGUGCAUCGCGCUCGGCAUCGCGGAGCUCGCGUCUGCCAAUCCGACAUCAGGCGGACUGUAUUACUGGACGUACUCGCUCGCGUCGCCAGAGUGCCGCAACUUUCUCUCUUGGAUCGUGGGGUAUGCGAAUACGAUAGGGACAAGCACCGCUGUCGCAUCGGUGGAUUGGGCGUUCGCGGUCCAAGUCACAGCAGCGGCGAGCAUGGGCACAAACCAGCGCUACGCGCCGACGUUACCCCAAACAUUCGGUGUCUACGUCGCGAUCAUCCUUCUCCACGGCCUCGUCUGCACCUUCGGCACGAGGAUUCUGGCUCGACUUCAGGCGUUGUGGAUAUUGCUGAACGUAAUACUUUGCCUCGCUAUUAUCAUCGUGCUCCCCAUCACGACGCCGGCAGAGUACAGAAACACGGCCGCGCAUGUGUUUGGCAACUUUACAAACGAGAGCGGUUGGCCCGCGGGGUUCGCAUUUAUACUGAGCUUCUUGGCUCCGCUGUGGACAGUCGGUGGAUACGACUCGAGCGUUCACAUGAGCGAGGAAGCAGCCAACGCGACCUCCGCCGUGCCGUGGGCGACCGUAUGGUCCGUCAUCUCUGGCACCCUCCUCGGCUGGGCGAUCAACAUCGUCCUCGCAUUCUACAUGGGCCCCUCGCUCUCCGCCGUGCUCGACACGCCCAUCGGCCAGCCCAUGGCGCAGAUCUUCUACACCAGCAUCGGCCCCACCGGCGCGCUCGCGCUCUGGAGCACCAUCAUCGUCGCGCAGUUCAUGAUGGGCUGCAACGUCCUGCUCGUCGGCUCGCGGCAGGCCUUCGCCUUCUCGCGCGACGGCGCGCUGCCCUUCUCGCGCUACUUAUAUAGGCUCGAUAGGAGGACAAAGACGCCGGUGGCGACGGUGUGGAUGAUCGUCGGGCUCGCGCUUUUGCUGGGCUUGUUGAGUUUCGCGGGGAGCGCGGCGAUCGGCGCGGUGUUCACGAUCGUUGUAGCGGCGAACUACGUCGCGUACAUUAUCCCGCUCGCGACAAGGUUCGUGUUCGCGGGGAGAAACGGGUUCACGCCGGGGCCGUUUACCCUUGGGUGUAUGAGUCUGCCGGUGACAGCGGUCGCGGUGACGUGGAUGGUGUUCAUGAUCGUCAUCUUCUUCUUCCCGACGGCGCCGGGGCCGGACGCGCAGGACGUGAACUACACCGUCGUCGUUCUCGGCGGGACGAUGGCGCUCGUGGUCGCGUGGUACUACUGCCCCGUGUACGGCGGUGUGCACUGGUUCCGUGGGCCCAUUGCGAACGUCGGUGUGGGUACGGGAUCAGAUGCAGAAGUGGUUGUAGUUGAGGGAGGCGGGGGGAGCAAGGAUGUGGAGGCGGGGAGUACGAGCGCAGUGGGGUCUUUGAGAAGAGCAGAGUUGCAGCGGAGCGAGAAGGCUGGUUGAGCUGUUUGGGGUGGUGAUCGUGAGGAGCCCAAAUAAAUGGUGAAGGUCAAGAAUGAUAUUCUAUUGGAUACACCGACAAGAAGAGAAUGGUAUAGCGAAGUCCGAAGUCGUAAGGUGAUCAUUACAAACAAGGAGUACGAUGCGUGCAUACAGGUGCAUACAACAGAGAACAGGAUGAUGUCACAUACAGAUCGCAAGCCUAUGAGAAAACAACCGAUUUUGCUUCCAUUCGUGGUUGCAGAACUCUAAGCCUUCUCAGAGUGUCUCCUGCGUGCGGCGUGGAUAACAACGGCAGCGACGAUGGCGAAGAGGAAAGCGAACCACGGGAGGAUCGCGACGAGCCGGACUAUUCAGUGAGUUUCAGAUAUUAUGCAAAUCCAACAGAAGAUGCACAAGAACACGCACGGUAAUCGAUAUCGCUGUACUUGCUCGACAGCCCCAGCUCGCGCUCCACCGUCUGCACCAAGCUGGCGGGAACAGGGCCGAGGGCGGUGUACGCGGUGAUGCCCGCGGAGCGGUUCGCGAAGAAGUAGUCGAACGGGACGAGGGCGGCGAAGAGCCAGAGGGCGGAGAAGAGGAGGAGGACGGUCUGGGCGGCGGCGAGGAAGGUGCGCUCGCCG